GGAAAAAGAGAACAGUCUCGCUGCUACGCUAAACAAACCCUCUUCUUCUUCCCCGCCUUCCCCGCGUCCAAAUCCAUUCCCAAAUCUGAAACACGCGCCUCAAUCUCUGCGCCGAGAAAGAGAGAAAUUCCCGCCCUCUCAAUCCCGCCUCCCCUUCCCAAAUCGGGGACUCCCAACCUUUUUAAUCGGAGCCUCCGCUUGGGAUCCCUCGAUUCGAUCAUCAGGAGAGGGGUGAGGGCGCUUGGUAGUGUUGUGGGAGUGAUUUCCCCAUCCAUCGAUGAAAGCUUCGAUCAAGUUCCGGGAGGAUCGGGCCCCCUUGGUGCGCGCCAAGGUCCCCGUCGGCGUUCUCGGCCUUCCCUUCGUCUCCGGCGUCACUGCCGCCGCUGGCCGAGGCGGCGACGAAGAUGCCCGUGAACUCCGCCUCGACCUCUCCACCGCCUUCCGUGCCGGCCCCUCCGUACGCCUCUCGUACCGCCCCAACGAUACCAUCAACCCCUUCUCCCUCGUCCUCAAGAUCGGGGUCGGUGCCCUCGGCUCCCCCUCCGCCGGCUCCCCUCUCUCCAUGGCCGCCGAGUUCGGCCUCCUCGGGUCCCGCCCCACUUUCUCCCUCCUCCUUAAGCCCCGCAUCGGUGACUUCUCCUUCCGGAAGUCCGUCUCCGCCGCGGUCCCAGCCACCGCCACGGGCGCCUCCAACGCCGUGGCUGUCACGGUCGCGCCAGUCGGUGACGGUCACGCUAUCGGGGCGCCGAUUGAGUUCCGCUCCGAUAAUGGGAUCCACCCUGGAAGGAAGUACAGCAGCUUCCCAGUAGACCUCUCCGCGUUCGCGGCCGGCAGCGGAGGCGGGAUCGACGGGCUGCUCUCCGGGUACGAGAUAAGCGCGAAGAGCGUCCUUCCGCUCCAGAGCCGCACGACCGUCCGGUUCAAGUGGGGAUUGAAAGUUCCUCCGGAGCUCCGCACUUCGUUUGAUGAUCCAACUGCCGGGAUCUCGCCGAACAAGCUGCCGCUCCUCGUGAUGAACAAGAUCUCCAUCGAACGCUCGACAGAUGACAAUAAGGCGAAGGAGAAGAAGCCUUGUGGAAUUACUGACGUGAACGAUGCGUGUGUGUCAGUGAAGCGUGAGGUGGAGGCGCUGCAGGUCGAGUGCGGUCUGCUGAGGAGUUCCGUGGAAGGGCUCCGGGCAGAGACCGGCAGCUGGAAGCAUGCUCCGGUAGCUUCAUCGGUGGUACGGAAGGGGGACUGCCGGAGCGAUGGGAAGUCGUUGCAGAACACAGGGAAAUCUGAGGGCACGACCGAAGAGCUAAUGCAGCUUUCGACAGCAAGCACCGCCGCAAUGGCACCUUGAGAAUGGUAAUGAAGGUUUGGUACUUGUGUUUAUAUAUUUGGUGAAUCCAUGCGAUGAUAAUAGCUAUGAGAUAGAUUAUGUGGUAUGUUUGCUUUGGCAUAGUUUUGGUAGAAUAUUACUCGUAAAUGAUGUCCAUGUUUGCUAUCGUAAUCAGUUCAUGCUAUUGCAUUAAGUCCUCGUUUAUAUUCAAUUAAUGACGUUUUGUUCUCAGAUAACUGCUCGAUUUGACUGUUGAUUAUCCUUUUGGUAUAUCUGUUUGAGAAAUUGGCUUGGAUUUGUAAUGGAGGAUGCGUGCCAUGCCCUAGUAUAAGGAACAUGACUGAACAGCGGUGAGAUUUUGCUUGAUGAUGAUAGCAAUUCAGCAUUGUUCUUUAUUAGAAUUGUUUACAUGUGAAGUCAGCACACUGAAUGUUACUGGCAAUUGCAUUUAGUCAUUGUUUGUAUUCAAUCGAUGGUGCAUUGUUCGUAAAUAACUGCUUGAUUUGACUGCUGAUGAUCCUUUGAGAAAUUGGCUUGGAUGUAAUGGAAGAUGUGUGUCAUGCUCUAGUAUAGGGAAUAUGAACCGAACGGUGGUGAGAUUUUGUUUGAUGAUGAUAACAAUUCAGCAUUGUUCUUCAUUAGGAUUCCUUGCAUGUGGGAGUCAGCCCACUAAAUGUUACUUGCAAUUGCAUUCAGUCAGUGCGUGCUAUAGCAUUUAGUCAUUGUUUGCAUUCAAUCAAUGGUGUUUUGUCCAUAAAAACUGCUUGAUUUGACUGCUGAUGAUCCUUUGGAUACAUCUGUUUGAGAAAUUGGCUUGGAUGUAAUGAGAUAGGGAGAAAUGAGAUAUUGCCCGAUGAGCAUGGGGAUGUCUUGUAAAGUCAGGACACUGAAUGUUGGUUUAUGGUUGUGAUACCUGCAUAUAGUGCUAGGCAUGACGACAAUCUCUUGAGGUCUAUCUGCAGGUUAAUACAUCGAAUGGAAUAGCUACCUCUGAAAUCAUGGUAUUCCAUUAUAAUUUAGCAUGUUGAAAAUACGGUUAUGUUUAAUGUUCCGUACUCUUUCAACACUACUAAAUCAUGUUUGUAGCUCUGCAUUCUUAUUGGCACUUUGGAUGGCUAUCUGCAUUCAUGUCAUUUUACAUGGUGCAAAUCUAGAUGAUAAUUGGAAGUGUUCUUUGUUUUUAUCUUAUUGCUUGCAUCCAAAUUAUAGAUCCUUUAAUUCCUGCUUCAUUUGCGUUUUCUUUUGACUGGCUGAGAGAUAGUGUUGAUGAAAAAGGAAGGUCACCAAAAUGAUGCUGCAGGCUCUGUCUUGGUGCAUAAUAUCAUCAAUGCAUUGUGAACAUGGAAUGAUGCGAGGAUUGACGCAAUCAUGCCUACAGUUUCAAGUCUUGUUUUAACUUAUUCACCGGAACUUUUAUUUAAAUGAUUAUUUAUUUAUGAAGAUAUCGUAGGUAGAUUGAGAUUCUUUGUAAUUUUAGAUUUUGAUAAGUGUCGAGGGAAGGUGUAUUUGAUGCUGGAGUCAAUCUGGUUUGGUAUUGACUUGGAGGCAUAGAGAUGUUUGUGGAUCUCAUUAGGUGGCCUCCAAACGAUUGAGGUGGUCUUUGUAUAACUUUGAGGUUGCUUUGUGGUAGGAUUUGACUUCUUGGGGGUUUUUGAUAUAAAGAUCAGUGCUGGAGGGAGAGGUUUUCGAUUUGAUUUUUUUUAAUGCUUAAAUUAGUUUUGAGGUUUUUAUAGGAUGUGAAAGGUUUUUUUAGAAAAAAAGUAUGAUUCUUGAGGAGUGUUAGUUUUUAUACAUGAUCCGUUGAGAAAGUUUUUUGAAAUGGUCUUAAUAUCUUUUGCUUUGGUGUUUUGUCCUCUAGGACGACAAAGGGGAGAUAAGCUCGAAUAAUAUUACGUGGACUCUUGUCCAUAGAUAUCGAUAAGUUAUAACCAUCUCGAUGUUAGCAAUAGGGGGAGGAUGAGGAUGAUCAGGUUCCUUUUCUUCAUCCAAAACACUCAUUAGAUUUGGAUGGGGUAGAUAUAGGUUUCUUUUCUUCACCCAAAACACUCAUUAGAUUUGGAUGAGGUAGAUAUAACAAUUGAAAACCGAAGUAUAUCAUAGUCGAUGAAUAUUGAAGAUUCUAAUUAAGAAAAAAAAAAUGGUGGAACGAGUGGAUCUAUUUCUAUUUUUUUUUCUCUUUUACAGAUUUUAUAGAUUUAUUUUAUCCUCUCGUUGGGAGUUUUUGAGUUACGAAACUAUUAUGAAACUUUGCGUUUCUUCUAUGUCUUGAAUAUUAUAUUUUCAUAUCUCUUUGGACAUUCUCUCCCUGCUUUCUAAUCCUUCCAAAUUGCUACUUAUUUUCAUCACUUGGGCAGCGUAGAAAUUGGAAAUCGGGGAACACACAAGGAUUGCUUGCUGCAAGUGCUGCCGACCUUUUUCUUCACGUGGCUGUUUUGGUAAUUACGCAGUCCCAAGCACACAGCCACACGGCAAUAUUACGAGAAUGCCAUGUGAUCUAAAUGACCAAAACACCUUCCUCGGUGACGCCCUGUGGCUCUCAUCACUCGUCAUUUCAUUUCAAUCGCGUGGUCAUUUCGUGGAGAUAUGGGUCGCCACAGUGCGUUCCAGAGACGCGUGCUGCGGUAAAAUGGAAAAUAUGCGAGCAGCCGACACCUCCGCCGGAGCACCCGCGCCAUACACUGUGGCUUCUAACCCGAUGCAGGGAGGUGAGGGGCCCGCUUCAAGGACCUUUGUCUUCUCAAGACGUGGCAAGUACGACGGAGGGUAGCGAGCGUGCCAUGCCCCGCCCGCUGCAGCCGCCCAGGCGACGCCCUUCUCUCACGUAAGCGCGCGUACCGUACGUGAUGUGCAGCUCCCGGUCUCCGCCACGUGUCUCUACCGCCAGCUCGCUCGCACGUGCCAAAACAACGGCCCAAAGAAACCGCACGCGAGAAGAAAUUUGGAGGACGCUAAGGCCCAAACUCUCUCCUCUUUCCCUCGACUGCUCGACUCCUCCCUCCUUCACAUCUAUUUCUGGUUCUUCCUUUUUUUAAUCUUCUCUCCCACGUUGAAAUGGCGGCCACCUCCACUUUGUUUGUAGCCCUCCUCAUAUCGACGGCGCUCCUCACAUCACCUCGUCUCAUCAUCGCUUCGCGCUCCAGUCUCCAAGCUAAGAAGACGGUGACACCAACAAAGUUCUCAAAGGUUGAAGGGGAGAAGAAGCUGGUGGGCGGAGAGCACCAUGCCGGUACGCCGGCGGUGGUGGCGUCGGAAAGGAAAGUGCCCACCGGGCCGGACCCGAUUCACCACCACCAAUCUCCCAUCCGCCAUUUCCGUUGAUGUCCCCUCGUUGCAUGAACCAUAUUGUCCUCCUCAGGAGGUACUGCUCUGGUCUCCGAGUUUCUUUUGAUAGGAUACGGGUGGUUUCAUUUUCCUCUUCUUUUGUCGGUGGUGGGUGGAGAAGCUUUAUCGAUUUGCUUUUGAAGAUGUGCUCAUCGUUGUUGGCCGGACUAAAUAGUUUUGAUGGUAAAAGUAUGUCACUGUAUCCAAGAAAGGAAAGGGGGCAACCUGCUAUGCCCGUUUCGA